AUGUGGACAACAACUGAAUUCAUUGUAUUUCAAAGAAAUAUUUUCAGUGUUUUAAUGCCAAUUAUUAUUGUUGCUGGUACUUUAGGAUCUAUUCUAAAUAUAAUCGUAUUUUCGAUUAGUAAAAAACUUCGAUCAAGUCCAUGUUCACUUUAUUUUAUAUUUGCUUCAAUUGGAUAUGUUAUUUAUUUAAAUAUUGUUGCAUUACUAAGAUAUCUUCAAAUUAGUUUUAAUAUUGAUCCAUCUGUACAAUGGUCAUGGUUUUGUAAAUUAAGAUAUUAUGCUAUUGGAUUUUUAUUAAUGUUACCUCGGUCAUAUAUGUUAUUAGCUGCUAUUGAUAGAUAUUUAAUGAGUAAAUCAGGUUAA